GUCCAGCCAACUUCUGUCAUCUUUUUCCUCAUUUUUCUGAGUUUAGUAAAAUUUUAUCGUUCAUCUUUAUCUAAUUUUCCACUGGCACCGGCGCAAGAGUUUUUAUUCAUAACAAAUUAAAUAAUAUAUAAAUCAUGGCUGAAUACACAAGAGAACCCUGUCCUUGGAGAAUAAUCGAUGAUUGCGGUGGUGCUUUCACGAUGGGACUUGUUGGAGGCGGUGUUUUUCAAUUUGUAAAGGGAUAUCGUAAUGCACCAAGUGGAAUUAGCAAACGUCUUAUGGGAAGUGUUAUGGCAAUCAAACAAAGAUCACCAAUAAUCGCUGGUAAUUUUGCUGUCUGGGGUUGCGCCUUUUCGAUGAUCGACUGCACGUUAGUUCACUUUAGACAAAAAGAAGAUCCAUGGAAUUCAAUAACAAGUGGGGCUGCAACUGGUGCUAUUUUAGCAUGUCGAAGUGGAGUUCCUGCUAUGAUAGGAAGUGCUAUGGUUGGAGGCGUGCUAUUAGCACUUAUUGAAGGAGCUAGUAUAUUUUUAAAUCGUUUAGCUGGUGAUCCGUUUACUCCACCAACAAUUGAUUUUGACGAUCCGGAACCACUAAAACCUCUUGGUAAUAAUAAUUCGUCAUAAUAUUCAUCAUUAUAGAAAUUAAAUAAGUUUGUACAAUUAUUUUAUGAAUAUAUUUAAUUAAAAUUGACAUUUAUUAAAAUAUAAAUUGUCAAUUUUUAUUUCAAUAUCUUUAAAUAGUUUUAAUUAAUUAGUACGUCACAUAGUAACUGUAUCAUAAGUUUAUUUUUCUGAAGAUUAUAGUUGACUUUUUGUUAAUGAAAAGGUAUAAAUAUUUUUAAAAUUAUAUCGAACACAAAAUAAAACAAAAAUAUAAAAUUAAAGUUUUUUUUUUUGAGCUAAGUAAUAAUAUUUGAAAAGUUGAUUUUCAUAUUUUAAAUAUAAUUUAAAUUUAUAAGGUGUAUAAUUAUAUCAUUAAAUAUGUUUGUAAAAUAUAUAAAUUUUUUUUCAUGUAGAGUGCUAAUAAAUAA